AUGGUGUACGUUGAAGAAGAAAAUGAAGGUAAUCCGAGUGUUGAUCUUGAAGAAAGAAAUGAAGGUAAUGAGGAUGAUGGUGAAGAGAAUAAUGAUUAUGAACAUGAUGAAUAUAAUCCACCUAGUUACCAAUCUGAGAUGGAAGAUGAUGAAGCUCAACUACAACUUGAACAAUCAAGUAAAGCCAAGGUCAAAUCGCACUUUAAGAGGGACAUAAGCUAUUAUAAAAAUGAGAGUAUGAGAGUGAUGUUUAAAUGUGCUGGCAUUGAGAGUAUUGAUGGUAAAGGCUACCCAUUUCAUUGCACUGCUUCAUGGGAGGAGAAAUACAAGUGCUUUCAAUUAAAGACUCUUGAGGCCGACAAUAAUUGCAAUCAAAAGUUCAGCUUGCGUUUGGUGAGUCAAAACUGGAUAGAAGAUAAAUAUGAAGAAAAAAUUAGAGAUAAUCCUUGCAUUGGACCUAUAGAGUUGAAAAACCACAUUGAGUCAGAAUUGAAAAUAAAUUUAAGUAUUAGCAAAGUGAGAAGAGCAAUUAGGUCUGUGCUCAAAAAAAUUAAUGCAAGCUUUGAGGAUCAGUUUAGGAGAAUAAGGGACUAUGCACAAGAGUGUAUGAACUCUAACCCAGGAAGCAAAGUAAUACUAAAAACCAGUAGGGUCACACCUGACAGUCCUUGUGUGUUCCAAAGAAUUUAUGUAUGUUUUGAUGCAUUGAGAAUGGGUUUCUUAGAUGGAUGUAGAAAGAUUAUUGGAUUGGAUGGGUGUUUUCUCAAAGGGUUGCUAAAGGGAGAAAUAUUAACUGCAGUAGGAAGAGAUGCAAACAAUCAGAUGUACCCUAUUGCAUGGGCUGUGGUGGAGAUUGAGAACACAGAUUCAUGGGGAUGGUUUUUAGAGUUGCUGAAAAAUGAUUUGGGAAUCACCAACACUUACCCUUGGACAAUAAUCAGUGACCAGCAGAAGUCUUAA